AUGGAGGUCGACGAUGGAGAAAUGGGGAUGUUCUUUCCUAGCUGGAACAGCAAGAACUCAGUUGAAAAUUCUCGCGGCUUAAUGUUCUCUUGCCUUGUAGCUGCUCUCGUUGGUAUCUUGACCAUAGCCUACACUGCUUUCCAAUGGCGAAGAAACAUCAACUUAAGCUGGACAAAAGCCAUAGCCAGAUCAAAGAAAAACCCAAAGGCACGCCACAAGACUCCUGCUGCCCCACACACCUGGGAGCUCGACUCUGUUUCUCGCGUCAAGAACUUAAACUGCUGUGUAUGCUUGAAGUCCAUGUCACCAUCUCAAACAAUCGUAGCUUCAGAGAGCUUUAUACACAGGUGCACGAUUUGCGGAGCAGCAGCGCAUUUCAGCUGCUCUUCAAACGCGCCUAAAGAUUGCAAGUGUGUCUCCAUGAUUGGAUAUGAGCAUGUGGUGCACCAGUGGGCGGUGCGGUGGACAGAAGGAGCUGAUCAGCCUGAUGAGUCCUCGUUCUGUAGCUACUGUGACGAGCCAUGUAGUAGCUCCUUUCUUGGGGGUUCUCCUAUAUGGUGCUGCUUGUGGUGUCAGCGUCUUGUUCAUGUUGACUGUCACAGUAACAUGUCGAAUGAAACAGGUGACAUUUGUGAUCUCGGCGCGCUUAGAAGGCUGAUCUUGUGCCCUCUCUACGUUAAGGAGUUGACUCGGAAUCCCUCUGGAGGGUUUUUGAGCACAAUCACGCAUGGUGCGAACGAGCUUGCAUCGACCGUCCGUGCCAGUAUCAGGAUUCAAAGCAAGAAGUACAAGCAGGCUAAUGAAACUUCAGCUGACACGGGUAAUAGUGGUGGCAUUUGCGAUGAAUCGACUGUAAGCACAGCUGAAACAGGUCCAGCUGUUAAUGGGAAUCAUGCCGUGCUGGAAAACUCUAACGGCGUUAUGAAUGGAGGGUCCUCUCAUGGGGAUAGCGACAGCAAUGGCAAGCUGGAGAAGAAGCCUACUGUUAAAAGAAGCGGGUCUUUUGGUCAGAAGGAUGAAAAUCAUGCGCUAAGGUCGAAACUUAAGUAUGAGAUAACGGAUUUACCUUCAGAUGCAAGACCGUUGUUGGUUUUCAUUAACAAGAAGAGUGGUGCUCAGCGAGGUGAUUCCCUUCGUCAGCGUCUUCAUCUUCUUUUGAAUCCUGUGCAGGUGUGUGAAUUGAGUUCAGUGCAGGGACCAGAAGUGGGACUUUAUCUAUUUAGGAAAGUUCCUCACUUUAGAGUUCUUGUUUGUGGUGGAGAUGGCACUGCCGGGUGGGUAUUGGAUGCAAUAGACAAGCAGAAUUUUGUCUCACCUCCUGCGGUUGCUAUCUUGCCUGCUGGAACUGGGAAUGAUCUAGCCCGAGUAUUGAAUUGGGGUGGUGGUUUGGGUUCUGUUGAGAGACAAGGAGGCUUAUGUACAGUAUUGCAAAACAUAGAGCAUGCUGCAGUAACUGUCCUUGAUCGCUGGAAAGUAUCGAUUCUGAAUCAACAAGGAAAGCAACUCCAGCCGCCUAAAUAUAUGAACAAUUAUAUAGGGGUUGGAUGUGAUGCAAAGGUCGCCCUUGACAUUCACAAUCUACGGGAGGAGAAUCCAGAGAGGUUUUACAGCCAGUUUAUGAACAAAGUCCUCUAUGCUAGAGAAGGUGCAAGGAGUAUAAUGGACAGAACGUUCGAAGAUUUCCCUUGGCAAGUUCGAGUUGAAGUCGAUGGUGUUGACAUUGAGGUUCCUGAGGAUGCGGAAGGAGUACUAGUUGCAAACAUUGGAAGCUACAUGGGAGGGGUGGAUUUAUGGCAGAAUGAAGAUGAAACAUAUGAAAACUUUGAUCCCCAAUCCAUGCAUGACAAGAUAGUAGAAGUUGUGAGUAUAUCUGGAACAUGGCACCUUGGGAAACUUCAGGUUGGGUUAUCUCGAGCCAGAAGGUUAGCUCAGGGGCAAUCAGUCAAGAUACAACUUUGUGCACCAUUGCCUGUGCAAAUCGAUGGAGAGCCUUGGUCUCAGCAACCAUGCACCUUAACCAUUUCGCACCAUGGCCAGGCUUUCAUGCUAAAGAAAGCCGCGGAGGAGCCACUGGGUCACGCAGCGGCUAUAAUCACAGAUGUUCUAGAGAAUGCAGAAACCAACCAAGUGAUCAACGCUUCACAGAAGCGAGCUCUGCUUCAAGAAAUGGCUCUACGGCUAACUUAA